GCAGGAGUCAGUGGAAGAGCCGCAUGCUUUGAGCACCACCAAGAGAGGUUCUAAGGUGACCUUCGCAGCCACACGAGAGUGUCUGCGCAGUGAGCCUUCCAAAUUGCAGGAACUGCAGCCUUUGAUCGGCCAGUUGGAACGCUUGGUGAAGGGUGGUGCUGAUGGCAUGGUCCGCGGUGGCGUGGGCGGGGCUGCAGCAGAUCAGCCGCCCAAUGCACAGGUCUCGGUGGAGGAGGUCCGUGUGCGCGCAGCGCGGAUCCUGGUGCGGAUCAAAGCGUCUUGCGAGGUGCUAACCACUGUGCCGCUGAAUGACUUUGGCCCCCGCGCCUGCAUCCUGGAGGUCUUGAUGCGGGAUUCCGAGAUGUCUCAGGUAAGUGCUUUGGACCGUGUGGCGCAGACGCGCGAGAAAUGCGAAGUCCAGCGCUCUCACAUCGUGGCUGGAGGCUUGAGUGAGGAUCCGUGUGUUCGUGAGAAGGACCUGCAGGGCUUCAAGCAGAAGCUCCGGGAUCUCACCAAGAACCGUGGCAUCUUGCGCAACGAGGUGGACAACUUGAAGGAUGAUUUGGAGGCUAUGGAAGUUCGCCUGCAGCAACGGUGCAUCAAACAUGGCAUUUUGGCCAAAGAUGUGGAUCAACUCAUUUGGGACUUCAGUCAGAAGGAGGGCGACUUCACGGGGUGUCAGACCGUGCUGUCCGAGCUGGAGCAAUGUGAGGAGCUUCAUCAGCAGCACCUUGCACAGGUCGAUGAGCUUCGCGCGCAGUUACGAGAUGCUGAGGACCUGGCUGAAAGCUCCGGAAACAAGGAAGUGGAGGCAAAGCUACGGGCUGAGGAGCUACGGAGACAUGAAGCGGAAUGGGAGGAGUUCUGCCAUGCAGCGCCAGCCAAGUUGGAGCGGUGUCAGUGCCGCCUGGUGGACGUCUGCGCGCAGCGGAGCGGCUUCGCCAAGCAGCGCCAGGAGGUCUCGAUGGAGGUGGACCGUGCGGAGCGCCGCAGCAAGGAACUGAAGGAGUCCUUAAGGGAAGUCCAUGCCGCAUUGGCCUCUGCCGAUGCUGUCGGUAAAGAGUUGGAUGCUCUGAAGCCGGUGAUCAACUCUGAGCUCAUCAUGACAGAUGACGAGGUUCGGCAGCUGAAACAGUUGGCCUCCAGAUUGGCUCCAGCCAAGCCUGCUCGACUUAGGAGGCGAAGUGGUGCCGAGGAGGAUAUUCGAGAAAGUGAGUCCUCCAGUGCGCGGGAGGCGUGCAACGAAGGGGCGCCCAAAUGGGAUGAUGCUGCCGAGCAGGACUUCCACCAAGACCUGCAUUUCCGCGCCCUGCGGAAGCUUCGGGAUGAGAGAGAACGUUGCUGGCUCGAGGAAGAGAGAUGGCUCAAGGAGACGUUGCAACGGACGGAGGACAAUUUGCUGAAGCUACGCGAACAGCUGGGAAGCUUAGGGGCCCAGCCCGUGCAGACCUCUUCUGGCGUGCAGAACCAUCCAGCAACCUUCACUCCCAAAGGUGGCUUGCCAACACUUGCACUGCCUCCCACCCAGAUCUUCAACCUGGAGGCAGAGCACGGUGUGGACUACUAUCAGAACUUGCACUACAUGCGGUCCAGGAUCCUUCAAGAAAAUGGUAAAAGUGAGAAUAUCCCAUACUUUGAGAUGCCAGUGUGCCCUAAAGUCAAGGAGUUGGUUGGUUACCUUCGGCCAGUGCACCGAUGCGCCAUUGCCACAUUCAAAUCCAUUCUACAGACUGGAACGCUUGACAGUCGCGAAGUCAGAAGCUCCAUUGCUGAAGACCCAUAUGCUGCUUUGGAAAAGAAAGUGCCAGCAGACAGCCGCAUUUAUUGCUGGAUGUUGUCCUUCACCAAGGACAAGCCAGUUGAACCCCUUGUUGAUUGGGUUGUUGCUUCCUCAAAACAGGCACUUGCUCGCAUCCAAUUCCAAAGCAGUGAGGCAAGUGAUCGUGCUCAGAGGCGCCAGAGUUUGGAAACAUUGACAGCAGCUGUGAAUCAAUUGGAAUUGGAGGUCAAAUACUUCUACGGUUGGAGUCAGCUCACGUCCAAGUUGUCAGACGCGCUCAACCGGGUCGUUGAGGCUCUUCCAGAAGAGGUGCAAGCAGCUUUGGAUGCACUGAUAAGCCACUUCCGACAAUUGCUGGGACUUCCGGACAAACAUGGCGCCCUCUGGGUGUACUUGUCCUCCCUGUCAUCUGGUGCUGUCACAAAUCCAGCCGAAGCAGCUGCCAUGAUUGCGGCAAAUUGGGAAAAUGUUCGAAGCCGGCUUCCAGCAGAUGUUGAUCCUUUCCUGCAUAUGAUGGAUCAGACCUUUGCAAAAGAAGCUGCCAGUGUGCGGUCGUUGAACAGCCUCAUGCAAAAACUGGGCGAACGUGCAGAAGAGCAUGCCAGCAAUGUUUUUCAUGGAAAUACACCUGGGAUUGGCUACUUCCGAGACCUGGAGCUGGGUACCAACAAACAAGUGUUCUCGAUUGUGGGUGCUCACUUUGAACAGGGCUACGGAGAUAUUAUGAUCGUCUUGGAGCAGACGGUCAUGUGUCAUCCAGACUUCAACAUGACUCCAUGUGCUGGCACUGGCUUUGCAAGUGGAAAUGCCAAAACCUUCAACACUUGGCUUCCUAAAAGUGACGUUGAGGAAUUUCACAGAUGCAAGCUGAAUGCUGGCGUUCGAGGAUGGCGCAGUGUCAUGGCAAGUGCGCUUGCAAAUGCUUGUCGUGUACACUAUAAGAGGGGCAGCAUUGAGGAGGUGGACCAGAAUGAUUUGUUGAUGUUCAUGGCAUAUGAGAAUUCUCAUUGCCUGAUUGAGGGACACUUACCACCUUUGCUUCCAUUGAAAGGCUAUGCAGCGCAGAUUCUGAUCCCACGUUCUUCCUACCAGCAAUUGACAGGGACAGAGGAAGAGCGACUUUUGGAAUUGAUGGAUGGAGAAUCUUCCAGGAUUGUUGUGACCGAUUCCUUCUUAACACCUCUUGAGAUCUUUGGUGCAUACAUCUUCACGUCUCCUUCAGCACUCUCCAAUGGUUUUGCCGUCAAUGCGAUGCCGUCCGAAAGACCUUGGCGUUUGCCGGCAAGGGCAAAAUGCCCAGGCACAAUGAAGCUCACUUUUACUCUUUCUGCACUGCAUGUGCAGGUGGCCCUGCUGGAUGACAACAACUUGGGUUUUGUCAUUGGCAUUGGAAAGAUGGUCAAGUUUGAAGACUCGCCGUCUGCCCAGCUGAUGCAGCUGGGGUUUGAUGGUACAUGGCUUGAGAUGGAGUGUGAAGAGAUUCUUCAAGAACGUUCCUGCUUGGUUGAAGAGACGGACGGAGAAACUUGCUCACUUUGGUUGUCUGGGAAUGGCCAUCCCCUACACUCUGUGUUCAAAGCCUCUCCGGAUGUUGCAAAAGCAGAAGGGACAUUCGACAUUCAAGUCUGUCCUCAGACUUCUUCCAUCAUGAUCAUGCAUGGAAGCGACAUGGGCUUGUUCGUGAAGAUGGAAGAGCCCGAGAGCCGCAAGGUGUUGAGUCAGCUCUCUGCAGUGGAGUUCAGGGCUCUCUAUGGUGAUGCCAAGAUCACCAACAUCAAGGUCAUUUGAGAGGUGGCGAGUAUCUGCUGUGAACCCCAGUGACUGUUGCUUGUUAUACCUAGUUUACUGGGCUGUGAGAUGGUUGUAGAUGGUUGUAGAUGCAAAUUUCUAUUGCAGUUGGACAGUUAUUCUGCCAUCAUGCUGCUACCAUGC